UCUGGAUCUUCUUGUUUGAGUCGGUUGAAACACAUAUUGCACCAACUCGAACAAUCACCACUCAUUUCUCAAAAUUUUCAAACUAGUUUCUUAGAAAUUUUCUUUAUUGAGUCAUAAAUCUUUUUAAGCUCCUGAUUCUUGUUUGAGUUCCACUUCUCUUUUUAUACCAAUUGAUUGGGUAGUUAUUUUAAAAUGGAGAACAAUACAAGAAGCAUGAGUUACCUGGAUCAAAAGCCAUUGAUACUCAAUGAGCUAACCCAAGCUAAAAAACUACUAAAACAGUUAGAAUCCGAUUUUGAUGUUGCUACUUGUACUAAUGGACACUUGUUAGUACCCAUAAUCUUAUCAACCUUUGAAAAAUCUCUUUCCAUGUUGAGUGGGAUCAACUCUAAAAUCGUCAGUGACUACGAUCUCAAUGGGAUUUCCUGCAAAAAGAGGAAGACGGUACCAAGAUGGACGGAGCAAGUACGAGUUUGCGAACAGACAGGGCUCGAAGGACCCAUAGAAGAUGGAUAUAGUUGGAGGAAAUACGGACAGAAAGACAUUCUUGGAACCAGACAUCCAAGAGGUUAUUACAAAUGUGCUUAUAAGAAUGCUCAAGACUGUUUAGCCAUGAAACAAGUUCAACGAUCCGACGAAGACACAUCCAUCUUUAAUGUCACCUACCGGGGAAAACAUACUUGUACCGAAGCUGAACAUUUACUACCAUGGAAAUCAGAAAACUCACCCGAUCAAGAGAAUGAAAAACGACUGAAAAAGUCACAAGAAACAAUUAUCAAUUUUCAAACAGGUUGUCAUGGUAAAACAGAGGAUUUGAAUACGACUCAAGCAGUUCUAAGAUCACCUUCAUUCUCAUUUCCUUCGGAUUCAAUACCCAUUCCAUGUAUAGAGAAAGAAAGUCACAACAACAACGACAUUUUAUCUUCGAUGACACCUGAUAAUCACUUCGUGAGUAGUCCUUUUUCAUCUCCUAAAACUUCAGAAUCCAAUUCCUUUUCUCCUUACAGAGUUCAGGACUUGCAAACUUUAGAUUUUGAUCCUUUUGGAUUCACUUCAACCGUAACUUCAGCAUUCGAUUCUGCAGAUUUGUAUUUCGAGUUGGGUUUUAUCGAUGGCUUGUAAUUCAAGUUGUCUAUUUUUUAUUUUUUUGAAGCAGUUGUAUCUAUUUGAUGUAUAGUCGUCAUUGAUUUUGUACAAUUAGAUAAGGUGAGGAUUUAUCUGCUAGUUAUGGAGAUAAUCUCAUUUCGAUGUAAUCCCACUCCGGUAAUAUGUUUAAGAAAAGAUUAAA